AUGGUAUUAUCAAUUCCUCGUGCCUUAAACAUAUAUAUAAUUCAUUAUUAUGAAUUAAAAUCUCAUGGACAUAAAGAUAAUCAAAAUGAUGUACGAGUUUGCAUGACACCAGGUCAUGAUCAUUCCCCCACAAUUUCAAGAAAAUCACUUCAUCGACAAAUUACCCAAUUUUGUGGUAUUGGUAUAAUGGCGUUAGGAAUGAAAGUGGUUAAAUUAGAAUUUCCCUUCGUUCAUGUAUUCUCUUCGUUAAAGAGAAAGAACUUAGUGAUUUUAUCAGAAUCAGCUAAUUCGUAUGACCCGACUCUACCUAACAAAAAUG